CCUUCCGAGGGGGUCUAGCCCGUUCAGCCCAGCCUUGCCUCCCAGCCAUUUGCGGCCCGACCUGUCAAGCAAACCCUUGCCCCUCUUCCGAUUGGCUAACGUUCGUUGCCCUAAGGUCCCGCCCCCCCAGCUCAGCGCCCGUUCUCCCCGCCUCCUCUCCAGCGCGCCUGCGUCGGAGUGAGCGCCGGGCUCGUGGGGUGUGUGUAUGUUUCGAGGAGAGCAGCAGCAGCGGGAGGAGGAGGAGGAGGGAAGAGCCGAGCCCGGCGGUGGAGCGGCGCUUUCGCUGAAGCCUAUCGGAUCCCAGAUGGCCAAUUCCCUGAAUGGCCGGAACCCAGGUGGCCGAGGAGGAAACCCCCGCAAAGGGCGUAUUCUGGGCAUCAUAGAUGCUAUUCAGGAUGCUGUGGGGCCCCCCAAGCAAGCAGCUGCUGACCGCAGAACUGUGGAGAAGACUUGGAAGCUAAUGGACAAAGUGGUCAGACUGUGCCAAAAUCCCAAACUUCAGUUGAAAAACAGCCCACCUUACAUACUUGACAUUUUACCAGACACUUAUCAACAUUUGCGACUUAUACUGGGCAACUGUGACGACAACCAGAAACUUGCACAACUCAGUGAGAAUGAAUAUUUUAAAAUCUACAUUGACAGUCUCAUGAAAAAAUCAAAACGGGCUAUAAGACUCUUUAAAGAAGGCAAGGAGCGGAUGUAUGAGGAACAGUCUCAGGACAGGCGAAACCUUACAAAGCUAUCCCUGAUCUUCAGCCACAUGCUGGCAGAAAUCAAAGCAAUCUUUCCUAAUGGCCAAUUCCAAGGUGACAGCUUUCGUAUCACAAAAGCAGACGCUGCAGAGUUCUGGAGAAAAUUUUUUGGAGACAAAACUAUAGUGCCAUGGAAAGUGUUCCGGCAGUGCCUUCAUGAGAUUCAUCAGAUAAGCUCUGGUUUGGAAGCAAUGGCUCUGAAAUCUACCAUUGACUUGACCUGCAAUGACUACAUUUCAAUUUUUGAAUUUGAUAUCUUCACUAGACUAUUUCAGCCUUGGGGUUCAAUCUUAAGGAACUGGAACUUCUUAGCUGUGACACACCCUGGGUAUAUGGCAUUCCUAACAUAUGAUGAAGUCAAAGCAAGGUUACAGAAAUACAGCACCAAACCUGGGAGCUACAUUUUCAGACUGAGUUGCACUCGACUGGGGCAGUGGGCCAUUGGAUAUGUAACUGGUGAUGGAAACAUUUUGCAGACUAUACCUCACAAUAAGCCUUUAUUUCAAGCUCUAAUUGAUGGCAGCCGGGAGGGAUUCUAUCUAUACCCAGAUGGACGAAGUUAUAAUCCUGAUCUGACAGGAUUAAAUGAACCUACUCCACAUGAUCACAUAAAAGUUACACAGGAACAAUAUGAAUUGUACUGUGAAAUGGGUUCCACUUUCCAGCUGUGUAAAAUCUGUGCAGAGAAUGAUAAAGAUGUGAAGAUUGAGCCUUGUGGACAUCUCAUGUGCACUUCUUGUCUUACAGCCUGGCAGGAAUCCGAUGGCCAGGGCUGUCCUUUCUGCCGAUGUGAAAUCAAAGGAACUGAACCAAUAAUUGUAGACCCUUUUGAUCCAAGGGAUGAAAACUCCAGGUGCUGCAGUAUUAUAGAUAGUUUUAGUAUGCCCAUGCUAGACUUGGACGAUGAUGAUGACAGAGAAGAAUCUUUAAUGAUGAAUCGGUUGGCUUCAGUACGAAAGUGCAAUGAGAGACAAAAUUCACCAGUGACUUCUCCAGGAUCCUCUCCGCUUGCACAGAGAAGAAAGCCACUUCCAGACCCCGGGCAAAUUCCCCAUAUUAGUCUUCCACCGGUGCCUCCUCGUCUGGAUCUCAUUCAGAAGGGGGUAGCACGGUCACCUUGUGCCAGCCCUACUGGCUCACCAAAGUCUUCUCCAUGUAUGGUGAGGAAACAAGAUAAACCCCUCCCAGCACCACCACCUCCCUUGCGAGAUCCUCCUCCACCUCCACCUGAGAGACCCCCUCCAAUCCCACCGGACAACAGGAUAAGUAGACAUUUGCAUCAUCCUGAAAGUGUGCCUUCCAGAGACCAGCCUGUGCCACUUGAAGCCUGGUGCCCCAGAGAUGUGUUUGGGACAAAUGCAUUAAUAGGAUGUCGAAUCCUAAAUGACAAUUCCCCCAAACCAGGACUCACUGCAAGUUCGAAUAUAAAUGGAAGGCACAACCGAAUGGGUUCUGACCCAGGAUUUAUGAGAAAACAUAGACGCCAUGAUUCGCCUUUAGAAGGCGCCAAGGAAUUUUCAAAUGGCCAUCUAGGAAAUGAAGAAUAUGAUGUCCCUCCUCGACUUUCACCCCCUCUCACAGCUGCCUCCAUCCUCCCUAGUAUGAAGUGUGUCAUUCCUGUAACAAAUUCCCUUGCUGAGAAAUCAAGGGAACAUGUAGAAGAAGAAGAGUACAAGAUUCCUUCAUCCCAUCCUGUAUCCCUGAGCUCCCAUCCACCUCACUGUCAUAAUAUAAAACUUCAUACUAGGGUGUGCGAGAAUGGUCAGUGUGCUGGUAUAAUGAAUGGAACACACAAUGCUACUUCAGAGAUGAAGAAAUCCAAAACCCCGGAGUUAGGAGAUGCCUUUGAUGCAUCCACUGCUCCAGUAUCUUUACCGCCUGCACGGCCUCCUUCCAGAGACAACCCAAAACACAGCUCUUUGCUCAACAGGACGCCCUCCGAUUAUGAUCUUCUGGUGCCCCCUUUAGGCGAAGAUACGUUUGACAACUCACCACCGUCACUUCCUCCACCACCACCUCCCGCUCGGCACAGCCUCACUGAGCAUUCCAAACCUCUGGGCUCAGGAAGCAGACCCUCUUCAGGACAUGAACUGUUCCUUCCUCCUUCAGAUCUCUUUUUUGAUCCAGCUACUAGUGUAAUUCCUUUGCCUCCUGCUCGAAGAUUAACAGGGGAAAAUGUCAAAACUAAUAGAACAUCACAGGACUAUGAUCAGCUUCCAUUUUCCUCAGACGGUUCACAAGCACCAGCCAGACCUCCUAAACCACUUCCUCGCAGGACUGCACCAGAAAUCCACCAUAGAAAAGCAUACAACUCUGACACCUCCUUGGAAAAUGUGGAUGCAAAAAUUGCAAAACUUAUGGGAGAGGGCUUUUCCUUUGAAGAAGUGAAGAGGGCACUUGAAAUAGCCCAGAAUAAUGUCGAUGUGGCUCGUAGUAUUUUAAGAGAAUUUGCCUGCUUUCCUCCACCAGUCUCCCCACGUCUCAAUCUAUAGCAGCAUGCAAGUCCCUGCAGCAGAUGAAUUGUAUGUAUGUGUGUGUUUGGAACUGAGAGCAAGAGAGAAUUUGAGAGAGAAGUUUUCUUCUCUUAUCAUUAGAAGAGGAUCUGUUUCCAGCAAUUUAUCAAAGGAAGACAGCUGCUCUGAUCAAGACUCAUAGAUGGGAUGAGGCUUCUGUAUUUUUGCUAGCCAUACUUUUAAAAUCAGGGUUGAACUGACAAAAUUAUUUUAAGACGUUUACUUCCCUUGAACUUUGAAUCUGUGAAUUGCUUUUUUUUCUUGUUUACAGGUUGUCAAGUUAAGAGUUUUCUAGUUGACACUUGUACUGUGUUCCUAUUUAGAUUCCCUUGUAUAGUGGUCAGUUCAGCUGUAGCAUUUGCAACAUUUUCCAUGCUGACCACCCCAUCAACUAAAUCAUUUUUUUCCAGAAGCUCUGUAUUUCAAUUUCUCCUUUUAUAAGAGGCUUUAAUGGUUUUUGCAUUUCAAUUAUCAAACAAAUGCAAAAAAAAAAAAGUAUGUAGCCUUCACUACUGAGCAUUUUCUUGAUAUUGCUUUGUUGUUGAGAGGAAAAAAAAUCUGAAUGUAUAAUGCAUUAUUUUUUGUCUAUGAACUGCCUUUUUAAAGGUAUUUUGACAGUGACGUUGGGCAGCUUUUAUUUUUAUUAUGAAUUUUGUGACCAGUAGUCUUCAAGGUCUUGAUCCAUGUAAUUUCCAGUUUUUUAAAAAAAAAACAAAAAAAACCUAAAGAACAUGACAUGACAGCUUUUAAAAAUUUGAAUGCAAAUGUUGAUGAUGUACUUAAGUUACAUACCAAGGGCACCUGUUGUUCAUGCCUUAAGUAUCCUCAGGCAUACUGAAUAAUGGGGAAUCAUGCUGAAUUAUAUUAAUCAGGUAAAUUACAGUCCUAUCUUCUGAAAAGUGGAUGACACUUAAUUUCCUGUUCGAGUGAUUGUCCUCUGGUUUAUCUUGGCUUUAGGGACCAGUUCAUAUUGACAUGGGUGAUGCACUGUUAAGUCCUAAUGCUACUGAAGGAAUACUUUUUUGAAAAUUCUUUAGUAAUCUCUCUGUUCACGCUAUUGCAUUAGACUGUGUUUCCUACCCAAAUUCACUCAUUCACUGUCCCUGCAUAGAUGGAAACAUCUUAGAUCUCUUUGCCACGGAUGGAACAGUGUUACCUCAGUCUGAUUUUUUUUUUUAAUUUAAAGCACAGAUUGAUGCAAGCUGAAUCAAAUCCUUUGUUUUUUGUUCUUACUAGACUCUCAAAUUAAGAGUCCAGACUUUCCACAGUAAUUCUCAUAUUGCUGCUUUCCUAUUUUUGUGGAAAACACUGAAAUUCUUCCCCCUCCCCCCCUUACUGUUGAACAGAUGAACCACGUGGAGGGUAGAGUAGUUUCAGUAUUUUAAAACAUGGCCAGUACAUGAUCUUUCAAGUUGUGAUAAACUUAGGUUGUGGUAUAUAUUUAUUUCCUUUUUAUCUUUCGGUUUUCUCCUUUACUCAUGGCAAGUAGUAAAAGUUACACCACUUAGAAGAUCAGAUCUCAGCGACAAAUAGAUUUAUUUUAAAGUUUUAUGGACAACCAAACAUCUCAAGUAAGGAAUUCAAAGUCACUAGAAAACCCAGUGGAAAUUGCCAUUACCAUAUCUAGACCUCCAUCAUUUCAUUAACAUCUUACUUUUUUUUUUUUUAAAGAAAGAAAUCAUUCCUUUUCAGGAUCACAAAACAUGGCAUGAUGGCCAUCAAUGAUCUGUCUUGGUCUAGUGAAACAGAUGAAAAGAGAUAUUUGAGCUACAGGGAUGAGUUUGUUAUAUUUCAAUCUAAGCAAAUGAUUUCAUGUACUAGAAAAGGGCAUUUGCAGCUUCCUUUCAGUAUUCAUUCUUUGGGUAGGGAUAAUAAAAGCUUUUGGCUGAAGUUUUACUCAGUACUCUGUUUAAGUAAAUCCUCUCUCCCCCCGCCCUCGUUUUUUGUCACAAAGUAUGCUGUUUUCAGCUCUUUCGAUUGGUUUCUUUCCUGCAUCCUUUUGAUAACAUUCUAGCAUUUCAAUCAAAUAUAAAUUCAAAAUAAUACAUGCUGUUAAGAUAAAUGUUGCAAUUUUAUUACAGUUGCUUAAUUAUAGCUCUAACAUAACUGCCAGUAAUAGCAACAAUGGAAAAAAAUGCAUUGCACAGAGAAGCAAACAAUCUGCAGAUCAUGUUGGAAUUUCCAAUCAUAUUGGAUAAAACUGGCACGGAUUCUUUCAUUUUCUAAAUUUUAUUCAGGAUCUUAGAAUAAAUGACACCACCAUGUUUCAAUUAAGAAACAAGAAGAAUAGUCAUGUAAAAUAUUUUAAAAUUAUUUCUACACUAGUUUUUUAAUAGCACUAGUUUGCAUUCUAGUUUUUUAAUAGCAUUCCCAGCCUGUUUGGCAUGACUUGUUUUUUGUACAUGUGUUUAAAAACCUUUAUAAUGUAAUAGCAUAGGUAGUGGCUUUACACUCUAAAAAUUCUAUUCAUCUUUAGACAAUAAAGCGAAUCAGACACUCUUGCAUAAUGGAACAUGAGAUGUCUCAGACCUGUUUCAGUUAAUAAAUUUAGAGCCAAAUUGAGUGAAAUUGCCUUGCUAGACUGUUGAUGUUUACUGCACAGGACUUAAUAGGCUUGAGAGAGGUAAAAUCUGACAGUUUGGUACCCUAAAAUGUCUUUAACAAUUUAAAAAAUAAAGGUUUAAUCUUGCAAAUGCCUGUGAACAUAUGUAACUUUAAGCACACGACUGACUAUAGUGGGUAUACUCGAAUGAAGUUGCUCAAAUGCUUGUGUGUGUGGGACCUACGGAUCUAUUUUCUACAGUAGCCUCCUUUAGACUAUCAUGCCAACAUCUGCAUUAAUUUCCUUGAUGCAAAAUUGCUGCAUUUUAAUCAGAUUUGCUGAAUCAGAAGGUGAGCAAUGCUUAUGAACAUCAAUGGCAUGGAUCCUUUCCAAAGAUGAUAGGUUAAAAACUGAAACUGCGCUGAAAUAAAUGAAUUCCAUGUGGUUAGCCAAUUAAUGGGUUGGCUAGAAACCUAAAAUGGCCACUGAUCAAAUGGAUCAAUGUUUCAUAAUCCAAGUGCACAUCUGGCAAAGACUUUUUCAUAAUGUGAAUUUAGAUUUUUGUAUCCAAAUCAUUUCCUCUCAUAAUUUCAGCUUGAAGCUUUACUUUGCACUGAUUAUUCUGAACUGGUAACCAUUUGAAUUUGUGUCUUAAAGCUGGACAAAUUUGGAAACAGCUGAAUGUUGUAUUUUAAAUGGAUUCAGGUUCUGCUUUUUGACCUGGAAUUUAGUGCUUCUAGGAAUGAUUUCCUGAAAAGGACUGCAAUAGUUUCCAUUUUGAAGGGUUUUCUUCCAAUAACUUUUUUAUCAGAAAAUGCCUUUUAUAAACUUGUCUAAUGUGAUAAACAUAGUGAUGUGUUCAAUUAAUUUAUAUUUUAUUCAACAUUCUUUUUCAAUUCUGGUUAUUAUGUAACCUCAAGUACUUUAUCUGUUCUUGUAAGAUAUUUUAUAAAAUUAAUGUUAACAGAA